UUUGCCGCCGCAGAUAGUGCCGUGCGCUCGAGUCGCUCGCAACACCUGCUGCGCUCGAUCGCCGCUUUCGCCGAACGUCCGACACCAAUGUGGAUUUUCCGACCAAAGUGCAAAGGAUUUUGACUUUUCCCCAAACAAAGGAUAUUGUGGAAAAGAAAUCGCCCCGAGACUGCUUCAAAAAGGCUGAGCCGAGAAGAAUGGGCUAUUCGCUGAUCGUCGGGGUCGUCCACUGACCAUGACCCCCGAGAAUGCCAGCUGGGCCGGUCUCGCCGCCGGGGCGCCGCUCGUCCUCGUGGCCCUGAGCUGGGCCCUCCUCAUCCUCCACGCACACCGCCCCCUAUGGCGGGCCGUCGACGUCUUCCUGGCCGCCCUACUGGGUCAGGGUUGCGCCCGCCAGCUCCUCACCCUCUUCGUCGCGCUGCUGCAACUCCUGGGCGCCCCCAGGGCCGCUAGUGGCGUGGCCUGUUCGACGGCCGUGUGGGCCGUGACGGCCCUUCACGCUUUGCACGCCGCCACCCUCGCCUCCCUGGUGCUGGACCGCGCCCUGAGCGUCAGGUGGCCCAGUCGCUACCGGCGCCACCCUCGACGCGACCACGUGCGCUACCACAUCUGCGUCCUGGCCGUCAUCUCCGGUUUCGUCGGACUGGCUGCCAUGUUUGCCCGACCGGCCCACAUGCAGUUCCACGGGGAUGCGUGCACCUUCCUCCCUCAUCAGCUAGAACCCCGUUUCGCCCUGUUUUCGGCUUCCCUGCACGGGGUUCUGGCCGUUGCCACUUUAGUUGGCGUUUUGGCCACCGAAGUUAGGCGCCACCGUCGCCUCCAAAGGUCAACCUCGGACCUCAGAGUUCUGGCCCAGUCGGACACUGGGACGGCGUCGACGCAGUCAGGUCGUUCGGACGGGCGUCAACCACCCUUCGGCGAGACCCUCCACCGCUUCAACAGCGACACGGAGAGCAGCAUGUUGAGCAAAGUGUACGGCAGCUCUCUGCUGCUGACGCCGCCAUGUCACGCGUGGCCAAACCGGAGCACGUCGCUGCCCGAGAGACUGCGCUGGUCAACGGUGCUGUCCGUCCUUGCGCUCUGCUAUCUCGUCCAUCACCUGCCUUUGUUGGCGAUGACCAUUGUUGGAAGUUGGGAGCCUUCCCUUCUGCCGCCGUGGCCUCUCGACAGUUUGGCCCUUUGGGCAGGCCUGGCCCAAGACUGUCUCCUGCCCCUGGUUUUGAUCCUGAGCGACGCCAACUUUGGCCCCUGGGUGAAGAAAAUCUACCAGCGACCUGGUCCGCAGCUCAAAGUGCCACCGCCGAUAUACCCUGGGCUGCUCAGUGACCUGAAACCAGGUCCUGGACGCUACCUCUCGCCUGACCCUGUUGAUAAGAGACUCUCCCUGAGCAAUGGAUCGCUCUUUCCAGGAGGCUCUGGACCGAUUUUGAAUAAUUACCAGCACGGCAGAGGAGUAACAAGGUAUAGUCGUGCGACAUGCAUGGGUUUGGCGGCGCGCGAAAUCCGAGGCUAUCUCUCGCACGCGAGCGCCGACAACCUGAACAGCUUGGUAUCCGGCCCAAAACCGGCGGUGGCCUCUAAUACGUGGGUCCAGGCGGGCCCAACGGUGGCCCAAAUCAAGACCCAGACAAGCAGCACCAACGUCAACAACCGCAAGGCUCACAAAGCCACGUCGACGGCGUGCGACUCAGAGAGCGACGCCGACUUCCUCGAACCGAUUUACGCCAGUCUGAGCGACGAAAUCGGCACACUGUCGAGCCUUGGUGACGCGGCGUCCAGGUGCUGCAGCGUCACCACAGCGGCCAACAACGACUUCAUCUUCCACAAAGGACCAACGCAGAAGAAACAACAUACUCGGGAGGAGAGUUCCGAGUCUGAGAUGGAGGUGAAGAAAAUCACAGUGGAGCCCCGAAAGCAAAGGGUCAGGCAGAGGUACUACCACAGUAGUCAACUGAAGACCCUGGACUCGAGCUCCGAGGAGGACAUCAAAGUCAAGCAGCUGUCCGACGAAGAGAAUAAGAGAAUCAGCAUGUACAAUGGAAACAACAAAAAGAGCAGGAAGGCGCACAGAAAAGUGGCGCGGAGGCGAAGUCAUGUGAAAAAACUGCCCUCGUCCUACUCGAUGAACGAUCUGGACCAAAUUGAGACCGCCGUCGACUCGUCCAACGACCUUGAGGUGGUCUUCGAGCUGCCUGUGAAGAGCGAGAGCAUCCUCAGCCUCUACAGACUGCACUUUGCGGAAAUGAACUCGCCGGUGCUCAACAAACGAGAGAGUUUCAACCGCCAGUCUUCUUUCAGCCACCGUAGUCCUGUCCCUGUGAAGCGGUCUUACAGCAACAGACAACAGGUGCCAGAAAAGCACUCGCUGGGCACCGUUCUGUCCAUGGACAGUCUGCACUCAGCGCUGGCCCGCGACUUCUCCUACCUGGACAGUGGUGAGCUCUGCAGGCAUGCGAAAAUGUCCCAUCCGGACUUACAGCGGACAUUUGUGUCUGACUACAUUUAAUAAAAUUAAACUGGUCUUGUAAAGGCCAUUAAUGAAUGAAGUCCAGAUUUGCAUUCUUGCUCAAUUAAUACUUCAAUUUUCAAUCAAAAUUUAGUAUCUUUGGGCACAAAAGAUUAUUUAGACAGGACCGUCUUUCUUUAUAGCAUUUUUAUUAAACUAUUUAUGAUUUGGAUUAAUGUUUUGAAUGGUAUUUGUGAAUAUUCAGUAAUAAUAUAUGCUUUUUUACACACACUUACUUAAGUCUCUGUCAAACAAUACUGUUCAGCCAAAGAGGAUAUAAUACCACCACAGUAAGAAAUAGCUGGUUUAAAAUUAAAAACAAAAAAAUAUCUGUCUGUACCCAAGUUUAUAAAAGCUGGCCAACCACAGUAACAACGAAAUGUUCAUUUUCAUUUCUUCAAUAAAAGCAAGAAAAGAUGUGUGUAUAGAAGGAUUAAAUUAAAAUAUAUUUGGUGAUGCCAAGUAACUUGUAAAUAUAUAUUUUAAGAUAAUCAUUACAUGUGCAAAAUGGCUUUUAAAUGUGCCGGUUAAUUUUGUAUAGUAUUAUCAAGUAGAAAUACUGAAGCUAAAAAUCCAAUAAAUUGCAUUAUACAACAAAA